CUGGAGACGUAUCGCUGACUCUGUGACUUCACCAUCGUCAUGUCAAACCAGGCAAAGAAGGUAAAGAUGGAUGAAAAGCCAAAAGGAAUUUUGGAACGUUUGAAUGCUGGUGAAAUAAUUGUUGGUGAUGGUGGGUUUGUGUUUGCACUUGAGAAGAGAGGAUAUGUGAAGGCAGGACCAUGGACACCAGAGGCCACGGUGGAGAACCCAGAAGCAGUUCGUCAACUGCAUCGGGAAUUUCUCCGUGCUGGUGCUGACGUUAUGCAAACAUUUACUUUCUAUGCUAGUGAUGAUAAGUUGCAGAACAGGGGAAAUAUGGACCCUAAGAAAAUGACUGGUUACAAUGUAAACAAUGAAGCCUGUCUAAUAGCCAGGGAGGUGGCAAACGAAGGUGGUGCUUUGGUGGCUGGAGGCGUGUCACAAACACCAACAUAUCUCAGCGGUAAAGGCAAAGAAUUUACCCAGAAGGAGUUUCAGAAACAAAUGCAUGUGUUCAUGGAGAAUAAAGUAGAUUUCCUUAUAGCAGAGUAUUUUGAGCACGUAGAAGAGGCUGAAUGGGCAACAGAAGUAUGUAAAGCUACUGGUUUACCAGUUGCCACUACGCUAUGUAUAGGACCUGAUGGUGAUCUGCAUGGAGUGUCAACUGGUGAAUGCGCUGUCAGAUUAGUUAAAGCAGGUGCAGAUAUUGUAGGUAUUAAUUGCCAUUUUGACCCUGAUAUCACUCUUGCUGCUGUACGUAAAAUGAAGACUGCCUUGGAUGCUGCCGGACUCAAAGCUCACUUGAUGACUCAACCAUUAGCAUAUCAUACUCCAGAUGUUAAUAAACAAGGAUUUAUUGAUUUACCGGAAUUUCCAUUUGCUUUGGAACCACGUGUGUGCACACGCUGGGAAAUACAAGCAUAUGCACGUGAAGCUUAUAAUUUGGGUGUGCGUUUCAUCGGAGGUUGUUGUGGUUUCGAACCGUACCAUAUACGUGCUGUUUGUGAAGAAUUAGCACCAGAACGUGGUUUCUUGCCUCCAGGAUCUGAGAAGCAUGCCCCAUGGGGUGAUGGUCUCAGGCUACAUACCAAACCAUGGGUCAGAGCUAGGGCUCGCCAAACCUACUGGAAAAAUUUGAAACCUUCUUCAGGUCGGCCAUUCUCUGCAAGUUUAUCCAAGCCGGAUUGUUGGGGUGUAACCGCUGGUGAUCAGGAGCUAAUACAGAAAACUAGUAACACAACUGACGAUGAACUCAAGACUUUGUUUAGUACAAAGGGAUAAAAACUGCCAUACAUACAUACUGUGUAAAUUUAUUGUAUCUUCAAUUUUCUUUUAUUUCAUAUUUUCAAGGUCAGGGAUACCAAUAGUUCGUUAAUUUCUUUACCUCAGGACUGUAUUUUUGAGUGAACAGCAUGCCAGAAGAAAAGUUGAUUUAUUGAAAUGAAUGAUUUAUUGCUUAUGCUUCAUUCAGAUAACGAGUAUACAAUGCAACUAACUUUGUUAUAACUUUAAAGUGCAUAAAAUAGUUAUUCACACUUUCAGUUUUUUUGUAUGGGAAUACACUUGCCAUGUACAUAGCUAUAUAACCAUUUUAAGGAAAUCCUUUUUUCUGUCGGUGAGCACUGAGACCAAAUUUUAUCAAGUUGAUUUUUUUCAUGCAUGUUUUAUUCAACAUGGAUCCUCUUUUUUGACUCCCAUGUGCGAAGCACAAAAUGGGAGUCUUUGCAGUUAGUGUGUCUGUAUGUGUGUGUGUAUGUGUGUGUGUACUUGGAUUGCUAUAUGUU